AAAUGAAUGUUGUUUGAGAAAAGAUUAAAAAGUCCGAACCAUUUUUUUAUCUAUCAUCAUUCAACGUUGACAAGGGAAAGCUCGAAACCAUUCCAUAUCUCAAGGAUCGGAGGUGACAAAUUUUUGGGCUGUACCAAACCCUAACUUCUUGGGGAGAACUGAGAAGAAAAACAUCGAUUCAUGGCAAAGAGGCUGUUCAACGGCGAAGGUCACGAGUUUCAGAGCUUUCUAAUAAAAAAAAGUACAGCAAAACCAGUGGUUUAGAAGAUGGUGAAGGCAUGAGUGCUGCUAAUCUAGCAGAGGGCCCGAACUGGUUGAAGGAGAGUGUCAAUGAUGACGUAUUGCUGGAGAUACUAGCUAGGCUGCCAAAUAGUCGAAAUGCAAUUCAUGCAGGCUUGGUGUGUCACCUUUGGCAUUCCAUCAUCUCUCAGCAGCAGUUCAUUCCCAGGUUUUUAGGCCUCCGGGAGCAAAAGAAGAUAGAGCGGCCGUAUUCCAUCAUAUUCCGCAUAGUAGAUUAUUUUGAACAUAUUGGACAUGAGUAUUAUCAGCCCAUCUGCAAACUCUUUUCGGAGGAAUCUGUGGUUCUCCACGGGGGAGGAAAGGAGGAGAUGGCGACAUCAUGUAAAAGUUAUCCUCCUCAAGGCGACAGUGGUGGCAUCCAUCCGCCUUCACCCAACAUGAUCAUAAGAGCAUCUUGCAGUGACUUGCUGCUGUUAUCGCUAGAUGGACGCGACUAUAGUGCUAAUCCAAACUCCUACUAUCUUUGUAACCCAAUAACCAAACAGUGGUUCCAUCUCCCUCAUGUUUAUUACGGAGAUUUCUUGAUUGGGUAUGCAGUGGUACGAAUGCCACCACUUCCCCCUGCCAAUAACAGCUGCGGCAGUUAUGAAUUCAAGGUGGCUUUCAUUCAUUUUCCCCGUGGAGAUCAGGAUUUUGCCAGGGACAGUUGGAAGUUUAGAAUGUCAAUUUAUUGUUCAAAAUCAAGACAAUGGAAUGUUGAAUCCUGGUUUUGGUACCCUUUACCUCCUACAAGUAGGGCCCCUAGGUUGUUCAUUAACCCAAUCACUUGUAAUGGAACCAUUUAUUGGUUAAAUUGCGAUGAGGCUCCUGACUACGUCAUUGCCUGUGAUUUGGCGAACGAUCCUCACUCUACUGCAUUUAUCAACCUUCCUGAAGGCUCUAUGUCUGGUGGUGGGGGUGUUAUUUCACUAGAGUUGGGCGCUGUCCUGGGGGAACUCAGAUUAUUCAACGUAUUUUGCCCGUCGUCGAAUGACCAGCAGCAGCCUCCGCAUCUUGUUGAUGUCAAAGUUUGGGAGUUGAAUCACAUUACCAAUUUGUGGACUCUUGUUCAUGAGACACGCUUCAAUGAUAGGCCUCCGCUUCCUAAAGACAUCCAAGUAGAAGAAGAAAACAAGUUCAACAUCCGUACGGUUGCUUUCCAUCCACACGAUGGGGACGUGGUCUUCUUGAUAUGCGGCAGAGGUGUUUUCCAGUAUCACAUUUCACAGGGUGUCUAUGAGAAAGUCGACGAGCUCCUUCAUUCCGUGCCUCCAGACGAGCUUCUUACAUCCUUCACUCUCCUCCAUUCUGUCUGGCCCACCACCAUGUUGCUCUCUUCUUCCGAAUAGAUUAGUAAUUGCUAUAUUUGACUCUCUGUAACUGUAUGCCUACUCACAUACUACUUAUAUUAUUGUGAAACAGUGGUGAACAUUGUUGGUUUGGGAGUGUAAUCUUGAUCAUGAGUGUUGUCAACAUUGGCACCCUUUGUCCUUGCAUUUGUUUGUUCCCCUCCCAUCGCUCCUUUUUUUGGUGCUCAAUCUUUCAUUUGCUAUAGUUGUAUCCAAUGUUGACAAUAUCUCUAUUGGUAGUAGAUUAGACACUUCAUUUUUUUUUAACAAUAUCACUUCAUAGUAUCGGUAUCACAAAAAGAAUAUUAUGUAUUAAAUGUCUCAGACAUAAAUGCCAACUUUUUAA